CAUCAACAUCCCGUCCGUGCGACAUGCGAGCUUCUUCGUCACAGAGGGCCCUCAUAGGAACGCAACAAUGAUACUUUUGCGUCUCCAUCAUUCUCUUCCGCAGGUUUGGGAAUGAAUAACACGGCCGAUAAUGACGGUGCCUUUGUCCCUUCGCUCACCCUGGACCGCAGGCUCGAGAUUCCAGAGCAAAAGAAACACCAUCUCGAUUCUCUCCUCCGCUUGCUGGACGCUCUGGUUUUCCUCCAUCUAGGCAUCCUCUAUAUCUGCGACAAUCUUACCUUCCUCCUCGUACUACGCGCGUUGAACCAAGUGGUCCACGUUCAGCAUCGUCCGGCGGCUAUCACACCCGUCAUCGUGGUCAAUCUCAUCUGUGUCCUGACACAUCUUCUACAGAACAGGUCGGGGACCAAGCGACUCUAUGGUGGCAUCAUCGUUGACUUCGUCGGGGAACUUCCAAGAUCGAGGACAUCUGUACUGAUAUUGGACCUGAUACUCUUUUCGCUGCAAUUGGUUAUGCUCGUGGCUGGUCAUGAGAGGCAAAUUGCUUCAGGAGAUCCUCUCGCGUACGAAGAGUCACAGCCACAGGACCUGGAGUCCGAAGAAGCCGGGCAGUUAAGGUCACGUGCUCAAGCGCAAGUGGACAUGCCUGAGGAAGGGAUCGAACUGCAAAGCCUUUUGCCCGAAGGAUCGAGGGAAGACGCUGCAACACAUCAGAAACGAAGCGAAACCACAACAGAUGAAGACGUGAUAUUACUGGAUUUGAAGAAGGGGGUCAAAGACUUACUCAGAAGACCAGUGCCCGGUGCUUCGCCUGCCGCGAUUGAAAAUGCUCAAGCUCGGGCAAGCGUUGCUGCGUUCUUGAGACUCGCCGCCGCAAGAGCAAGGGCCGGAUGAAUGCAUGGGCGCCGCAAGGGCAAAAUAUCAACUUUACGCCGUGCGAGCCGCGCUGCUCCAUUCAUAGAUGAGAAGAGAGCAAUCAGUAUCGGGCCAUAUUCCAGUGCAGGCUGCCGAACGAGACACUGCGAGAUCAUCUCUCGUUGCUCCUGUUCGCAACGCUCUGCAACAACAAAAUGCGGACUAGUAUCUAGUUUGGCCGAGGCGAAUAUCGGUUUGGUCGAGCUCCGUGAAUGUAUAGGACUUUGCGAAAGCGACAUCCGAAUGGGCAUUCCCCAUCAUUUUGGCGCGCUCCACUGCUUCAGCGAAACGAGGCAAAGCAACACCGAGCCGGCGACAUCAUUUCACGCCGAAAGGCUUGUAAGCGGACUGGUCGAGCGAUAUUAUUUGGGUGACCUUGCGUUGGAGUCAUGCACUCGGAUCCCGGGUCUUACGGAUCUAGAUCACAGGCGCAAAAUGGACUACUGUGCAUUUACAGCGUGACCCCGAAUUCCACAGCAAGAUAAAUAAGACCCCAACAGCAAGAUUACACUCAAUAUUCGGUACCAGCCUUACCUUUCCGGCAUAAUUUGCUCCUUACCAAGUAAUGGACCAACAGCAGUACAACGGGUGAAGAAAAGUACAUUGUGUAGAACCUAAUAAGACUCAAUCAGAAUUGGAUAUAUGCUCC